UCUCAACUUUUGUUCGUGUACUGUAGUUCAGACUUCAGAACUAUCCUUCCUUGUGGAUUUCACCUACAUACAAUACGAAAUAUCUUCUUAAAUAAUCAAUUCAAUGCCAGCCAAUUUGCCAAAUGAACAACCCUUGCGAGUAAUCAGUAGUUAAACCCUUUAUUUAAUUCGUGUACGACACAUUGAUUUAGACCUUCCCGAUCUUCAUCUCCUACAUAAACCCACUCACGUAAUUGUUCCUCAAAAUUCUGUUCAAAAGCCUCUCUGAAUCUCAUUUGGUUUCUCAAGGGAUCUGCUCAUAAUGGGGAAUUUGGGAGCGAUUUGGAGACACCCAGAUGAUUUUUAUCCGCUUUUGAAGUUGAAAAUGGCAGCCAGGCAUGCAGAAAAGCAGAUCCCACCAGAACCUCACUGGGGUUUCUGUUAUUCCAUGCUUCACAAGGUCUCUCGUAGCUUCGCUCUCGUCAUUCAACAGCUUGGUACUCAGCUUCGAGACGCUAUAUGCAUAUUCUAUUUGGUUCUUCGAGCCCUUGAUACUGUUGAGGACGAUACAAGCAUACCUACAGAUGUGAAGGUGCCUAUUCUGAUAGCUUUUCACCGUCACAUAUAUGAUCGCGAGUGGCAUUUUUCUUGUGGUACUAAGGACUACAAAGUUCUAAUGGACCAGUUUCAUCAUGUUUCAACUGCCUUUCUAGAGCUUGGGAAAAGUUAUCAGGAGGCAAUUGAGGAUAUUACAAAAAGAAUGGGUGCAGGAAUGGCUAAAUUCAUAUGCAAGGAGGUGGAAACUGUUGAUGACUACGAUGAGUAUUGCCAUUAUGUAGCUGGACUUGUUGGACUAGGCCUCUCCAAGCUUUUCCAUGCCUCGGGAUUAGAAGAUUUGGCACCAACUGUCCUCUCCAACUCGAUGGGUUUAUUUCUUCAGAAAACAAACAUUAUUAGAGAUUAUCUGGAGGAUAUAGAUGAGAUCCCUAAGUCUCGCAUGUUUUGGCCUCAUGAGAUCUGGAGUAAAUAUGUUAACAAACUUGAGGACUUGAAAUAUGAAGAGAACUCGAUCAAGGCAGUGCAAUGCUUGAAUGACAUGGUUACUAAUGCUUUGAUUCAUGUCGAUGAUUGCUUGAAAUACAUGUCUGCAUUGAGAGAUCCUGAUAUAUUUCGAUUUUGUGCCAUCCCUCAGAUCAUGGCAAUUGGAACGCUAGCAUUGUGCUACAACAACAUUGAAGUAUUCAGAGGCGUAGUGAAAAUGAGGCGUGGUCUCACUGCCAAAGUCAUUGACCAAACAAAAACUAUGGCUGAUAUCUAUGGUGCUUUCUUUGACUUCUCCUGUAUGCUCAAGUCCAAGGUUGACAGAAGUGAUCCUAAUGCAGAAAAGACGAUUAGCUGGGUCGAAUCAAUAGAAAAAACUUGCUGGGAAUCUGGACUUUUAAACAAAAGGAAAUCUUACAUAAUUAGGGACAAGCCUAGAUAUAAUUCUGCUCUGAUUGUCCUACUUUUUAUCAUAUUGUCCAUCAUUUUGGCCUAUCGCUCUGGGAACCAACCAAGCAACUGAGAAUGGUAACUUUGUUGAACUUCCUGUGUAAAUGGGUGGCUGGCUUCUGGAGUGUAUGAUUUGUUUCAUGCCUAUAGACUUCAAAUGGUGGUUGUGGUUAGCCACUGAUGACAAAUUAGCAUAUAGAUAACCUCCCCUGUUUGUUCUCACCCUACUCUAAAAGGAUUGUUUAAAGUUUUUUUUAUUUUUAUAUUUAAUCAGAAGACUGUAAAAGGAUUAUUAACUUUAUGGUACAUGGAGUUGGAUCUGUGUAUAAUCUGUUAACAUGC